AGCAUGGAUGACUCAUACUGUAGCUGCUGAUGCUCUGUAUGGACACAGCACUAGGUAGCCUAUAAUGACGUGGAGGAGAAGUGUUUCAUUAAAACAAUUGGCUAGGCCUUCUCAGUUCUUGGCUUAUGGCUAAUAUUGGGAUCUUCCAAGGUUUUCUCUUUGAGGUUUUAGGGCAUCACCCAAUUUGACCCAAACACAGAAGUCGUGACUUCAAUCAAGACACAAACACGAAGUGACAUCUUAGAUGAUAUUGUGAGUUUAGUGUUUGGAAACUUCUCAUGUGAUAAAAACGCGAACCCUAGAAAAAGUUUAUUUUAAGUGUUGUUUUCAGUCAGCCGAACUUUGGAUUGGAUAGUCCAAGCCUAUCCGAGUCGAGACAUUUAUUCAGCAAUGUGUUGACGGUUGUUAAGGUGUGUUAUGUUAAGGUUGAAGCUCGAGGUGAAUUCUUUAAGUUCUACAGUUAGCUCGUAAAGUGUUAUUUUAAAAACAGUAACAUAUAAAGCUGUAGUAUUUGACAACCCCACACACGACCCCACCACCAUUGUUGUGACCAAUGACUGCACACACAGAGACACACACACUUCCCAGUCAUAACUGAAUGACGGCAGGUCGCUAUGGAAACUGCGUUACGCUCCGGGCGGCCGGAGGAGAAAACAAAGAGAGCGAGGACUCAUUCCCGUCUUCAUUUCAGCACCAUGCGAGCUCCUGGACAGCUCCUAGCCUCAUAUGCCUUACAAGGGACAGAGUCGCAUCAGCACCGAGCCUAACCGGAGUGGCUACAGGGACUUCAGAAGAAAAGCAAGCCUCCGAAAUAGAGAGUCAGACUCACCGAACCUGGAACUCGGUGUACACUCAAGGUUGAGUUCUUCUGUGAAGCCAGGAGCGAGGUGCUCCCUCAGAUGCCACAGCAACAGGGCAGCAGUAUGUCUGAGACCAAAUCCAGUCAGCGGUUCCACAGCCUGAAUGCGGAGCAGGUGGAGGUUCUCCAUCAGGUUUUGUCAGAGGUUGUUCCAAUCCACGGCCGCGGGAACUUUCCCACAUUGGAGCUGCGUCCCCGAGACAUAAUCAUAGCUGUGCGGGCCAGGCUUCAGAAGCAGGGAAUAACAGUAAGAGAUGUUCGUCUGAACGGCUCCACAGCCAGCCACGUUCUUGUCAGAGACAGCGGAACGAGCUGCAAGGACCUGGACAUCAUCUUUGGAGUUGAGUUGCCCUGUCAGGAGGAGUUCCAGGUGAUCAAAGAGUCCGUGCUGGGGUGCUUACUGGACUGCCUACCUUCUGGGGUCAACAGAGAGCGGAUCAGCAGUGCCACAAUGAAGGAGGCCUACGUCCAGAAAAUGGUCAAGGUCUUCAAUGAACAAGACCGCUGGAGUCUCAUCUCCCUCUCAAAUAACAGUGGUAAAAACCUGGAGCUCAAAUUUGUGAGCGUGCUGAGGCGGCAGUUUGAGUUCAGCGUUGAUUCCUUCCAGAUCAUUCUGGAUCGUCUCUUGGAGUCCUACAUGCAGCAGGAGUCACUGCACAGAAAUAAAACAGUUGAUCUUGAAGAGCAGCCUGCAGACAAACAUUUAGUGAAUCAGUGUAAAGACUCUCCCUCACUUCUCCAACAGGCCAACUCUACAGAAAUAGAUAACUAUACUGGUAGAGACUUACUCAGCAAGAAGGGGGUUCCAACCAGUCAGACACUUCAGAGAGACAAGGUGCAUGAAAAGGACUCCCAGAUAGAUAUAGCACACCAAACUGAACAUUCAAACCUGACAAAACACUCCAAAGUUGAAAAAGACAACAAAGUGAAAACAUCUGGAGAUCUGAAAGAAGCAUCAGAACACACAGAAAACAUUAAUGAGACAAACGUCUCCGACCAGACCUCUCUAAAUCUUUUGACAGAAAAGAAACCAACCUCUGAAAAAGCUAAACCACCAGCUCAGAUUGACCUCGGACAUGAGCCAGAGAUGUCAAAAAAGACCAAAUACUCAACAAAGGUAGAAAACUCAGAGCAAACCAAGUCCUGUGUCGGCCAACAGCCACCACAUUCAAAUACCCAGGAACUCACCGUCCUUAUAGAACAGUCGAACCACACUAAAUCUCCCGAUGAACAGAAAACCCCCACAGAGCACAGUGAACAUACAGAAAUGCUGAAAUCCUCACACGAAACCCAGACAGAAUCUCUAAAUUUUGCAAAAUUGAACGAUAUCGACUUUUUAAAGUGUUUCAGUGAGGAUCAGGGCAACAAUGGAAAAGAUCAAACUCUGCAUGUGUCGACCGAAGACUCCAGCACAGCUUUACAUGCAAAGAAAGAAACUCAGCUAGCAGAGGAAAACAGAGUUGAAACAGAGACAUGGGAGCAAACUGAAAGGGAAAGUGAUACAGAAAUAACUGAAAUUACAGAAGAGAGUUCAUCAUUAGAAGAAAAAACUGUAGAAAAUACAGAGGGUAUGGAUUGUUCCCGUCCUACCUCUUCCAUAUGGUUUACACCUCACGACACACUGGAGAUUCACAGUGCAUCUCACAUAGAUAACUCAGAUGAAACACCUAAAACAAGUGAUGCCCUCAGUCUCCCAGAUACUCAGGAUGUUUUACCUGCACCACCAAGCCUUGUUUCUGACAAUAAGACCUCCUCCUCUCCUUCUUGUAAGGCCUCAGAACGUCUGUCUCACAUGGUAGUACUCAAACACUCCUCUCCCAAACCCCCUCGGAGGAUGUGUAGGAAGGGUUACCCUACUCCGCUCCCCAGUCAAUUUUCUGAUCCUGUUCCAGAGCCCUGUCUAGAUCCCGAUCCUGAGAUGGCCCUUGACGCUAAGCCAGUAACCUCCAGUUCAGACCCUUCUCCUGCCCCAACAACCAAUGUGUCUGAUAAAAUUAAUCCUGGGCCUGAACCCAAACUUUCAAGUAACCAACCUGCAAAUCUAGACCUUACCGUAGCUCCCGAGUCUGCCCCUGAAAUGAUAUCCCCCCCUGUUGUCGAUCCUAAUUCUGCUUUACCUCAUGAGCUACCAAUCUCUCAGUUAAUCACAGAGAAUUCUGAUGAGACAAGUAGUCAGGGCUUAAAAGAGACACAAUGUACAAAUAUGGAUUCUGAUUCUCAAUGCCAGUCCUCCCCUAAAGAGCCUGUCCCUGCACCCGAGCAAUCAGAGCCCCCCGACUCAGUGGACACAUUAGAUAUGUUCGAGACAAACACUCAAGAACCUGUACAUACCUCAGAAGUUGAGCUCAGUGAUGAAGAUGAAAACGGAGAACUACAUACCAAAAAGUUGGGCUUGAAUCAGGCAGAUGGCAACCCUCAAGAGACCACACUAAGUCCAUCCUCCUCUUCCCUCUGUGUCACCCCUCCUGUACUCAGUCUUUCCCCACCCUACUGCACUCCCUCGCCCCCCAGCCUCAGCCCUCCCCAAUGUCUGACCCCUCCCUCUCACUGCCUCUCAUCCCCAAUGAUAAACAGCCCUGCUACUAGCUUUAGCUCUCCACCCCGGAGUGUCAGCCCUACCUCAUCCUGCCUCAGCUCACCUCCUUACCUGACCCCUUCCAUGCUUAGCCUCAGCCCUCCUCCACACUGUCUCAGCCCACCUUCCCCCUGCCUCAGCCCUCCCCUCCUCUGCCUCACCCCGCCAAUAGAGUCAGACGACUUUGUACCUCAGGUAUCUUCCGAUGUGGAGCCUUUGAUACUGAACACAGACAGCCAGGAGCUGAUGAAAGAGGCCUCCCCUCAGCCAGGAAUUCCUCUUCUACAAAUGGAAGAAAAAAAGGAACAAGAUUACAUCUCCUCUUUGUCUCCUGUUGCAGAGCCUGUUUCUUUUCCAAUCACAAUCCCCAGCUCAACCUCACAUGUGCUGCCUCACUCUCAGUCUGGAGGCCCAGAGGAAUCAGCUCUACCACCAGCAGAUCAUGUAUCCAGCUCCAUGCCUGAGAACAAAGAGGCCCCCAAGGUACCCACCAACUUGUCUGAACAGAGCAACAAUCCACAGGCAUCAGGUUCAGUCCCUGCGGUAGAGGUCUUGGCAGAGAGCAUGUAUGGUGACUUUGAGGCAGCCAUGGACCACUUGCGUUACCGCCUAAUAGCUACCCGGAACCCUGAGGAAAUUCGGGGUGGUGGUUUGUUGAAAUACAGCAACCUGCUGGUUAGGGACUACCGUCCUGCCAGUGAGACUCAGAUAAAGACCCUGGAGCGCUACAUGUGCUCCCGCUUUUUUAUCGAUUUCCCUGAUGUGCAGGAGCAGCAGAGGAAGAUCCUGUCCUACUUGAAGAACCACUUUAUAGGAGAGGAGAGAAGCAAGUACCAAUACCUGAUGACGCUGCGCCGCGUGGUUGACGACAGCACUGUGUGUCUGAUGGGUCACGAGCGGCGUCAGACACUGAACAUGAUCACAGUGCUGGCACUGAAGGUUCUAGGAGAACAGAACAUUAUCCCUAACACAGACCAUGUGACAUGCUUCUACCAGCCUGCCCCAUAUCUUGCAGAACACACUGCUCCCUAUUUAGUAGAACCCAGCUAUUGCAGCUACUACAUACCCCAGGGAGGAUCAACUCUGCUUUACCAACCUUACCCAUUACACCUGCAUUCACAGACUGGACUAGUCUGAAACUCAAACACACUUAACUACACUAAACUCACAGUGGAGCAAGGUGCUUGCCAUGAAGGAAGAGCUGGAGAAUUGAAAUCUAAUCCAGGGAUUAACUGUUUGGUCUAUAAUAGACCUAUGGGGGUGGGAAUGAUUGGGUUUUACAGUAAACUCCCAAAGUACCCUGUAUGGUUUCAACAUGAUUAUAUGUAAUUAUCUGGGCUUUGUGGGAAAGUAAUAAUUCUUCCGAUAUUGUUCAAAUUACAGAAAAUGCUGUAUGCACUGCAUGAGUCAUAGCCCUUUGGUCUCCUUUGGAAACCAGCUGAGCUGUUGACAUUCACACACAUUCACAGACAUAUUCAUAAACAAACACACA